AUGCGGAAGGAGUCGCCAUGGAUGCUGUUCGCGACGACUGUCGUGAGCCACCUGCCGAUGCUGCCGACAACGUAUUUGUUCUUUAAGCGGCACUACGUCUACGAGGCGGUCAUCGCCAUAUUUGGCCUCACUUGCUCACUCAUGUAUCACGUCUGCCAGUCGUUCAACACAACGAUCUUCCUCAGUGAGCUUGAGUGGCACAGGCUCGACAACAUCACCGCCAUCGCGGCGUUGGGCAUGUGGUCCGUAUUCAUCUGUGCCUUCAAGAACCCGGUCAUAGAGCGAAGUGCAAAAUACUUCACACUGAUAGUUGCCAUCUUGCUGCAGGAAAAGGACCCGUGGAACACCGUGUACACAUUCUUCCCCUUAGCACUAUUUGCGUGUCUUCCACUGGGGGUGUACAUAUCUAACAAGCGGCUGCCCGCGGUUCACUACCGUUCUCUUGUCACCGGCCUCUUCUUCAUGGCGCUUGCCGGUCCGUUCUUCGUCGCUGGCCUCAACGACACGGCGGACCCGUACCGCUUUUUCCACGGCAUGUGGCACCUCCUUGGCGCCACCUCUGCUUACUUUCUCUGGAUAAUGGUGAAGAUCCCAGGGGCAACCAGCGCGUACGUAAAGGGCGCCUCUAUUAGCGUUCGAGGGGACACGCUUCUCUAA